CUCCAGUCUUUCAGUAAGACUCGUCCGACGUAGUGUAAAGAACAAAUGAUCAACACUUUGAUUUAAAAGUGCGCUUCUACUCGAAGACUGUUGCGAUGAUGAGAAAGCGGUGGGGAGACAAGUGGAAUAAGUCGGGCAAAUCGCGUGUCCGCUCGCGUCGCCGCCUUUCUGUCGCGUUGCGAUCGCUUCAUGUAAGAAGGUGGAGAUCGCUUCCUGACAUAUUGCUAAAGGAUCUUCAAAUUCCAGAAUGGGACAUAUGGUUUGGCCUUAGUCUCCAUACUCAUGCAGCAGGCUGUCUAGAUCUUGCGGUGUCAAUUCAAUACCAUAGCUAUGAACAUGCGUGGUCACAUGAUCUGUCAUUUUUAUCUCAAUGCGGGAAACAUCCGGACUAAAAGCAGUGAACCUCGUUGAUGCCUAGUGUAUCAACAAGAAUAUGGAUUUGAAGGAGGUCCUGAUUUUCUCUCCUACUUAAGUAAACAGCAUUUCCAUGUAGAAGUCAACUUCGC